UCUUAAGCUUUAUGCAACUUCUAUCAUGAGAACGACUAUUGCAGUUUAUAACACAGCAGGUAGACGGCAUCUUGAACACUGCGUUCUUCCCUCUAUGGAAUCAAGUCUGGCGCCUUCUGUUUGUGCCGCGGAUUCCCAAAAUGCUUUGUGUUCACCACUCGUAACACGUCACGAUGACGACACAUUAGCAAUCUCUAUUGUGACACCAUGAGGAAUUAAAGACCAAUGGGAACUGGACAUGUCAAAUUGGGGAGAAAGGGGGAUAAAAUUGUAUAUUGAAUCACUUGUUGAAUCAUCAUGUUUGUUUUAUUAUUAAAUAUCUGCUAUAAGUUUAUUUUGCUGUAAAAAUAAAGGUAUUGGAAAUGUUAGUCCUGCCCCUUUAAGAGUUAGUUUCCUUCGGGAUGUUCAACUCCUCUCUCAGUCGCUUUUCAACUAUUUCGACGCAUCAACACUCCAGCCCAGCAGGAGGCGGAAAUUCACCAGAAGUUGCAGAAAACACAAGAAGAAGAAGAAGACCUGAGAUCCACAACACCGUUUGAGCGCUAAAAUCGAUGUUCAUCAUGAGAGAGCAGGUGGAUGUGAUUCAUGCUGGAGAACAGCAGAUGCUGCAGACAGCAGUGAAGAUUGAAGUGAAGCAGGAGAUGAAAGAUGAAAUCACAACAGAAGAACAACAGACUGAUGAAGAUGAUGAUGAACAGCAGAUGCUGCAGACAUCAGUGAAGAUUGAAGUGAAGCAGGAGAUAAAAGGAGAAAACACAACAGCAGACCAACAGACUGAUGAAGAUGAUGAUGAACAGCAGAUGCUGCAGACACCAGUGAAGAUGUGUUCAGUGAAGCUGCUGGACUGCAGGAACCUGAUGAAGAUGAGAGGAGAAACCACAGCUGUGGUACAACAGAGUGAUGAUGAUGAUGAAACCACAGCGGAGGAACAACUGAGCGAUGAUGAUGAUUUUAUUCCUUCAGAGCUGAUGGAAGUGAGAGAAGAAUGUGAAGAGCUGCAGGAAGUGGAGGAGGAACAACAUGGUUUCAUAACUGGAGGAAAAUAUUUAAGUGGCUCAAAGACAGAAGACAAUUUCUCACCUAAAAAUCCUCAAAGAACAGCCAAGAAAUCUUUCACCUGCUCUCAGUGUGGAACAUGUUUCACAUAUAAAAGCCAUCUUAAUAUACACAUGAGAGUUCAUACUGGAGAGAGACCUUACACGUGCCAUCAGUGUGGAAAGAGUUUCACAUGUAAAAGCAAUCUUAAUACACACAUUAGAGUUCAUACUGGAGAGAGACCUUACACAUGCCAUCAGUGUGGAAGGAGUUUCUCAUUUAAAUGCUAUCUUGAUAAGCACAUGAGAGUUCAUACUGGAGAGAGACCUUACACGUGCCAUCAGUGUGGAAGGAGUUUCUCAUUUAAAUGCUAUCUUGAUAAGCACAUGAGAGUUCAUACUGGAGAGAGACCUUACACAUGCCAUCAGUGUGGAAGGAGUUUCUCAUUUAAAUGCUAUCUUGAUAAGCACAUGAGAGUUCAUACUGGAGAGAAACCUUACACAUGCCAUCAGUGUGGAAAGAGUUUUGCAGAUGCAGGCAGUCUCAAGAGACAUCUCUUUUGUCACUCUGGAGAAAAGCCAUUUGAAUGUGAUAAGUGUGGUAAAACAUUUGUUCUGACACAGUACCUAAAACGACAUCUGAAAACUCACACAAAUGAGAAGCCUUACAAGUGUUCAUUUUGUGGAAAGAGUUUUACACACAAGUUCUAUUUUAAAGAGCACCAGAAAAUACAUACCAGUGUGGCGGCUCAUAUGUGCUUUGAAUGUGGGAAGUUCUUUAUUACAGCCAGCAGCUUGAAAAAGCACCAAAGAAUUCAUACUGGAGAGAAACCAUACAAGUGCUCACACUGUGGAAAGAGUUUCACUCAGUCAGAACACCUGAAAACACAUGAGAUAUUUCAUACAGGAGAGAAACCAUACAAGUGCUCACACUGUGGAAAGAGUUUCACUCGGCCACAAAACCUGAAAUCACACGAGAGAAUUCAUACUGGAGAGAAACCAUACAAGUGCUCACACUGUGGAAAGACAUUCAGUAAGUCAGAACACCUGAAAACACAUGAGAGAAUUCAUACUGGAGAGAAACCUUACCACUCAGGGCCUGAAAUUCAUUUCUGAAAAUGGGGAGGGAAUUUCUUUAGGACAUCCCAUGAUCUUUCAUCGCCAUAGUGUAGGGCCUCAUGUAUUCAGAUACAAGACAAAGGCAGGCCUAACACAGUUGUAAAGCCUGACUGAGGCCCACAAAAACAAAGUCAUAAAUCUUACUGAUAAAAACCGCGCCAAAAUCAAACAAAGGGAGUACACAACAGACUACAAAUCCCAAGACGCCUUGCUCACUUUACAACUGCUUGAAAAUCCAAAGGAUCAAACUCUCAACUCCUAUUGGAUGAGGCACUCAACAGAAAGCACCUCAACUAUGAUGUCAUCAGGAGUAUAAAUACCGCGAAAAUCGUUCUGUACCUCGCUUCCAGUGACUUCGCUCGCCGUGCAUAGACGCAGUCUUCACUGCUCUCAGGUGUUGCCUCGUUGCAAAAGGAAGUAACGUGCAACUUGAAACUGCGGCCAUAUAAUCUCCAUCUCGCUGGACGAGUUGAGAUUACAUUGUGUUCCACCGAACACUUUAACGGAUCCGAAGGAAACCGCCAAGCAAUCCGCACCUUCAUCCGUUUGUCUGCAGAAGUGAAGGAAGAAGGAUCCCCUUUCCUCUUCAGUCAAGUUAACGUCGCUGAUUUCUCCACCAGCUGUCGAGAAUCAGCAGCCGCCCACUGACAGAGCAAGAAAACAGCCUCCCAUCUUCACCCGAGCAUCAAGGAACCGAGUCGGAGUCGAUCGACGGAUGAACACACGUUCUACAUGCGCCCUCAAGCGAUUCAAGUAAGAGGUUAACGUCUGGGCAGAGAUAGGAUAUUUAGGUGUGUUAUUCUUGUGGAUGAAGUUUAAUGUUUGUACAGUUUAAGGACAGCGAAGUCCGUUCAUUUGUUGCUAAUAAUAGUCAAGCUAUUGAUGUAACAAACUGUUAUAACAAAAGAGAGUUUUCUGUGUUGUAAUCCAACUACGUUGGACUGUUGUGUUUUUACGCCAUCGCGGAUGAGACCGGCAAACUGUUUAUCCAUAACAGUUGCCUUCUCUCCCACGAUCGCGAAACCGGCUUCGGCGCCGCCACUUUCUCUCUCUCUGUUGUACUAACCACACACGCACACACACACACACACACACACAAGACGUACAAGCGAAAGACACGCUGCACACGGGCAGACGCAUUAACCGGCUUUACUCCGCCCACAUUCAUGGCCAUACUCUCUGGCCGGAAAUCUCGCUUGACGUACACUCCAUGAGAGUCACGUCCGCCAAUUUGUGCGCGUCAAUCCUCACACACACACAUACACACACACACAUACCGUCCUCUCAUGUGUUAGAGGCUUAUUUUGGUUACUAUAUCUAAUCAUCUCACUGUUUAGUUUGUCGUUGAAUGACGGAAGUUUAUUGACUGCAUUGUAUUGAUUAUUAAUUGAUAUUAUAUUUUCAAUAAACUUUGUUAUAAUUAAAAGAGAAGUAUUUUGUUUUGUUUUGCAUACAUAUGUGUCAAAUGCUGGCAGGGGAUGCCAGUGCUCGAAUUCACCCCUUCGUUGUUCCCUUUUUAAUCUUGAUGAUCUACAGACAUCAAUUUUCCUAAGAGAACAAUCUAACAUUGAGACUGUUAUACGGUCUGGUUAUUAGUCCCUGAUUCCAGGGUGGUGCCCCGUCUACAUUAAUCCUAAUUAAUAUUUUAUUAAUUUUAAUAAUUAAUUAUUAUCUUUGAUAAUAAUCCAUAUUCUGUUAAAUUUGAUGAUUGUUAAUUUAAAGGAUUACAAAAACUAACAUUGAUUCAAAUCUAUGAUAAUUAUUAAUUAUUGCUAAUAACCAAACUCGCUCCUAAACUGUGAGCCCUACAAUAGCAACCAACAGCAUUGAUUUGUGAUCUGGGUCAACACUAAUGAAAACGGUUUCAUCGAUGCAUAUGAACGUCAGCGCUCUCCACUGCACAAAUAAACAGUAAUCAGUUAAAGGGCCCAGAUUCUCACGCUAAUAUAUGUAGCGAAUUUGGUAUGAUAAAUGUACACUGCUUGGGUUAAAGUGUUGUGUACAUUACCAUCAUCUGUAAGGGAAACAGUAUGUGUGAGCUAGGAAUUAAAUUAAACGGCCCUAUUUCUACAUUACUAUGUCAGGAAAUUUAUAAUGGAAUUAGUUGUGUUUGACAACCAUAAUAAUUUAGAUGAAAGUCAAAUAACUCGAUUAUUUGUAUGAAUAAAAUUCUCCAUUUUUAAAAUCGUGAUACAAUAUCUCGUUUUAUCAGCUCACAAUUUCUACUGUAGUGAAUUAGCUUUAAUAAGAGAAUUAUGGUUAAUUCUGUAUAAAAUGUGUGGCAAUGAUAAAAGUCUGUCUUUUGUAUUCAACAGAAGAGAUAAUCUCAUGCAGGUUUGGAACAAGAUUAGGGUAAAUUAUGAUCAUUUCAUUUUGGGGUGAACUAUUCUUUUAAACUUUAUUUUAAACUUUUUUAUUUCUCAAUGAUGUCUGAAUGUGUGCUGCUUUAUUAGAUAAAGAUUCCAAAUUAUAGGAACAUUUAGGAAAUGUCAAUGGAAAUAAAACACUGGUCACUUCAGAUUUUCUUGUAUAAUGCAACAAAAUAUUAUUUUUAAGUUGAUCAACAGCAGGACUGAUUAAUCAGAUGUUGGUAUUUUAAACACUCCAGUCCAGCAGGAGGCGGAAAUUCACCGGAAGUUGUUUUGUGUUUGACAUUAUUUGUGAUAAUUUUAUUUAGUUUGAUGUUUAUUUUUCUGUGAAUGUUGUUUUUAAUGUCUUUGUCUUUUUAAUGGCUGUAAAAGAAGCUCAUUAUCAUCUUUAUGAAUAAGUUAA